AUGGCAUCAGCAAUUGUGGUCGGCGCAACUGGCAUUCUUGGCCGGGAGAUUGUCAAGGAACUGUCACGUAACCCCGAGGAAUGGAAGACGAUCUAUGCUCUCUCCCGCAGCAAGAAGGAUGAAUACCCCUCGCAUGUCGUGCACAAGCACAUCGACCUCCUGAGCUCGGCAGACCAGAUGGCCAAGGACCUGCAAGGGGUCGAAGCCGAGUACAUAUUCUUCGCCGCAUACCUCCAGAAGGACACCGAGCAGGAGAACUGGGAAGUCAACGGCGACAUGCUCUCCAACUUCCUAACCGCCCUCAACCACACCAAAACGGCGCGAAUCCUCCUCGUAACCGGCGCCAAACAAUACGGCGUGCACCUGGGGCCCCCCAAAAACCCCCUCCUCGAAUCCGACCCCUGGCUCCCCACGCCGCCCUACCCCCCCAACUUCUACUACCGCCAACAAACCCUCCUCCACACCUUUUGCGCCGCCCACCCCGCCAUCCACUGGACCGUCACCUACCCCAACGACGUGAUCGGCUUCGCCACAGGCAACUUCAUGAACCUGGCCACCGGCAUCGCCCUCUACGCCGCCGUCACCCGCGAACUCACCACCACCACCACCAACACAACUACCGCCGCCAAAUUAGAGUUGGCCUUCCCCGGCUCCCCAACCUUCUACACCCGCUUCGACACCUUCACCUCCGCCGCUUUGCACGCGCGCUUCUGCGCCUGGGCCGUGCGCGAGCCGCGCGCCGCCGACCAGGCGUUUAACGUGGUCAAUGGGGAUGCGCAGAGCUGGGUGGAGCUGUGGCCGCGGGUGGCGGGGCGGUUUGGGAUGGUGGUUAGGAAGGACCAGUUUAGUAGCAAGACGGCGGGGGGGUGCUGGUGGUGGCGGUGGUGGUGGUGGUGGUACCAGGACACGUGGGAGGCCUUUUCGGAUGUGUUUGACGAGCUGGAGGAGGCCAAGGUGGUGCCCAAAAUACGCUGA